ACCGACCGACCCCCUCCUCACCUCCGGCUCCCAGCCCCCGGCCCUGACCCCUGGACCCUCCGGACCACACGGCUCCUCUGCAGGGGACCUGCGGCACGUGCGCUACCCGUUCUCUGCGGGCGCCCUCCUCUCCAAGCGCGCGGCCACCCCAACUUUGCCACCUUUGCCGGCGGCCCGCGCUGGACCCGAACCCGCCAGCUCCGAGGCCGGGCCGUGGUUCGGGGGGAGGCGGGGAGCGGCUGCCUCGACUUCCCUGGAGUUGAGCAGAAGAGGAUCCUCUGCGCACCUCGGGGAGACGGGAGGGGACACCCCCCCCCCGUUCCCCGUGCCCGCGACAACCUGGCUGGUGUGCGAGAAUUGGGCCAGUGUGCCCAUGUGGCUGUGGACUUUAGUGUGAUUUGUGACUGAGAGGCACACGGCGCCCACCCCAUCUCUCCCUGAAACUUUCCACACAUGAGGAGCAGGUGAGCUUCGGAGAAGACGUGUGCCCGGAGUCAGAGACCCUUUCAAGCCACCAUGAAGGGAGCCUGUGUCAUCGCAUGGCUGUUUUCAAGCUUGGGCCUGUGGACACUCGCCCGGCCUGAUGCCCAGGAUGCCACCCAGUGCCAGAGAGCUGAACACCCUGUCAUCACCUACAAAGAAAUUGGCCCCUGGUUACGGGAGUUCAGGGCGGAGAAUGCUGUGGAUUUCUCGCAGUUAACAUUUGACCCAGGACAGAAAGAACUGAUCGUAGGAGCAAGAAACUACCUCUUCAGAUUACAGCUUGAGGACCUGUCUCUCAUCCAGGCUGUGGAGUGGGAUUGUGACGAAGCUGCCAAGAAGGCCUGUUACAGCAAGGGCAAGUCAAAGGAAGAAUGUCAGAACUACAUCCGGGUGCUUUUGGUAGGUGGUGACCGAUUGUUCACCUGUGGGACCAAUGCCUUCACACCCGUCUGCACCAACCGCUCGCUCAGCAACCUGACUGAGGUCCAUGAUCAGAUCAGCGGCAUGGCCCGCUGUCCCUACAGUCCCCAGCACAAUUCCACGGCUCUGCUCACGGCCAGCGGCGAGCUCUACGCUGCCACGGCCAUGGACUUCCCAGGGCGCGAUCCCGCCAUUUACCGGAGCCUGGGCGCUUUGCCGCCGCUCCGCACCGCGCAGUACAACUCCAAAUGGCUCAACGAACCAAACUUCGUGUCUUCCUAUGACAUCGGGAAUUUCACGUACUUCUUCUUCCGGGAAAACGCUGUGGAACAUGAUUGUGGGAAGACGGUGUUCUCCAGAGCUGCCCGGGUCUGCAAGAAUGACAUCGGGGGGCGCUUCCUUUUGGAGGAUACCUGGACCACCUUCAUGAAAGCUCGCCUCAACUGCUCCCGUCCCGGGGAGGUGCCCUUCUAUUACAAUGAACUCCAGAACACCUUCUUCCUGUCUGAGCUGGACCUCAUCUAUGGGAUAUUCACCACCAACGUGAAUAGCAUUGCUGCGUCGGCCGUCUGUGUCUUCAACCUGAGUGCCAUCUCGCAGGCCUUCAACGGGCCGUUCAAGUACCAAGAGAACUCUCGCUCAGCCUGGCUGCCUUAUCCGAACCCCAACCCCAACUUCCAGUGCGGCACCGUGGACCAAGGUGUGCACGUGAACCUCACCGAGAGGAACCUGCAGGACGCUCAGAAGUUUCUUCUGAUGCAGGAGGUGGUGCAGCCGGUGACCACGGCGCCUGCCUUCAUGGAGGACAGCAUCCGUUUCUCCCACGUGGCUGUCGAUGUGGUGCAGGGCAGGGACACGCUGGUCCACAUCAUCUACCUGGCCACAGAUUAUGGCACCAUUAAGAAAGUCCGAGCGCCCCUGAAUCACACCUCGGGCAGCUGUUUGCUGGAGGAGAUUGAGUUGUUCCCAGAGAGGAGAGGCCAGCCCAUCAGGAGCCUGAAAAUCCUCCACAGCCAGAGCGUCCUGUUCGUGGGUCUGCAGGAACACGUGGCCAAGAUUCCCCUGAAGAGGUGCCAAUUCUACCACACACGCAGCGCCUGCAUCGGGGCCCAGGACCCUUACUGUGGCUGGGAUGUGGUGAUGAAGAAAUGCACCAGCCUCGAGGAGAGUCUGAGCAUGACGCAGUGGGAGCAGAGCAUCACCUCCUGCCCGACCAGAAAUCUCACCGUGGAUGGGAACUUUGGCCCGUGGUCUCCGUGGACAUCCUGCGCGCACACAGAUGGCAAUGCCGUGGGAUCCUGUCUUUGUCGUUCGCGCUCCUGUGACAGCCCCGCCCCACAGUGCGGUGGCUGGCAAUGCCAGGGCCCCAGCAUGGAGAUUGCCAACUGCUCCAGGAAUGGAGGCUGGACCCCCUGGACCUCAUGGUCACCGUGCAGCACCACCUGUGCCAUUGGCUUCCAGGUGCGACAGCGGUCAUGCAGCAACCCCACACCCAGGCACGGGGGCCGCGUGUGCGUGGGGCAGAACCGGGAGGAAAGAUACUGCAACGAACACCUGCUCUGCCCGCCGCACGUCUUCUGGACGGGCUGGGGGCCCUGGGAGCGAUGCACAGCCCAGUGCGGGGGUGGCAUCCAGGCCCGCCGCAGGACCUGUGAGAACGGGCCUGACUGUGCGGGAUGCGGCGUGGAGUACCAGCCUUGUAACACCAACGCGUGCCCAGAGCUGAAGAAGACCACGCCAUGGACCCCCUGGACACCUGUCAACAUCUCUGACAAUGGCGGUCACUAUGAGCAACGCUUCCGAUACACCUGCAAGGCCCGCCUGCCGGACCCGAGUCUGCUGGAAGUGGGGAGACAGAGGAUAGAAAUGCGCUACUGUUCCACCGAUGGGACCAGCGGCUGCUCCACAGAUGGGCUCUCUGCGGAUUUCCUGCGAGCUGGGAGGUACUCUGCCCACACCGUCAACGGGGCCUGGUCAGCCUGGACGUCUUGGUCCCAGUGCAGCCGAGACUGCAGCAGAGGCAUCAGGAACCGGAAGCGUGUUUGUAAUAACCCAGAGCCCAAGUUCGGGGGCAUGCCCUGCCUGGGCCCAUCCCUGGAAUACCAGGAGUGCAACAUUCUACCCUGCCCAGUGGAUGGUGUGUGGUCUUGCUGGUCAUCGUGGUCAAAAUGCUCAGCGACGUGUGGCGGCGGCCACUACAUGAGGACACGCUCCUGCACGAAUCCAGCCCCAGCCUAUGGGGGGGACAUCUGCCUGGGACUGCACACGGAAGAGGCGCUCUGCAACACACAGUCUUGCCCAGAAAGCUGGUCAGAGUGGUCAGACUGGUCAGCAUGUGAUGCAUCCGGGGUCCAGACCCGAGUCCGGCAGUGCACUCUCCCGUUCCCUGUGGGCAGCCAGUGUUCAGGAAACACCACGGAGAGCCAGCCAUGUGUAUUUGACUCUAAUUUCAUCCCAGAAGUCUCCGUGGCAAGAUCCAGUAGUGUAGAAGAGAAAAGAUGUGGAGAGUUCAACGUGUUCCACAUGAUCGCCGUGGGGCUCAGCAGCUGCAUCCUAGGCUGCCUCCUCACCCUGCUGAUCUACACCUACUACCAGCGUUACCAGCAGCAAUCCCACGAUGCCACCGUCAUCCACCCCGUCUCCCCGGCCCCUCUCAACACCAGCAUCACUAACCACAUCAACAAACUGGACAAGUACGACUCGGUUGAGGCCAUCAAGGCCUUUAACAAAAACAACCUGAUCCUAGAGGAAAGAAACAAGUAUUUCAACCCACAUCUCACCGGGAAGACCUACUCCAAUGCCUAUUUUACAGAUCUUAACAACUACGAUGAAUAUUAACACUCUUGUGCAUUUGUCUUCUCGUGAACUGCAUUCCUCAAAACCUGCGCUCCUUGUUCCUGAGGCUUCCAAGGUGAACACUGGGUCAAUUUCAAGUGCAUUUCGAGCCAAGACUGUCCCAAUCGUUACCAAAAAUGCAUACUCGCAAAAGUAACAAACACCAAAAUGUGGUGCUGUGACAAUAUGGUCUGCAACAAACAUCAUUGGAUCAUUGUUCAGUGAGCUAUGGUAUGAUUUUUUUUUUUUUACAGUGGUCAUACAAUUUCUCUAGCCAUCUAUUGUUUUGUUUUAUAAACAUGCCACCCACAUUGAAAAGUGUCAUUUGAAACAUCAAUGUCUUCAUCCAUUUGAGCAUAAAUUUUCAUGAUGUUUUAAUUUGAGGAAACAGCCACUUUAGCUGAGAGAUCCCUUGCCUACACAAGGGCCACAGAAUUUCAUAUAAUGAAGAAAAUGGAUAAGACCUAACAGUUAUUCACCAGAUCUCCAACUCCCUGGCAAAGAGCACAUUGUGGCUUCUCAGAAACAACUUGUUUGGACUUGAAAUGAUUCUUGCCCAGGGAAGCCCAGGGCUUCUCCCUGACCUACAGCUGUCCAGAGACCCUCUGCUAUGGUCAGGGAGCCCUGACAAGUGUCACUUAUGAAGUGACUGUACGGAACAGGGGCAGACACAGUGACGUGUGACAGUGUCCUCAGCUUGCUAUGAAACUGGAGCCCAUCCUGCCUUGGGAUUUCAUGGCAUUCCCAGAGCUCCUUCCAUGCUGGGGGCCUGAGAACAUCCUUCCCGGCCGGGACACGGGGUGGGCUUUAGAGCCAGGUAGUCUCCACACCUCCUCCUUCCCUACAGGGGAAAAAUCUUCAAUAAUUGACAAUUAUGGAAAGUUUGGAAACAAUACCCAGCUAUAGUUGAAAGCUACAUUUUUGUUUUAUUUUUGUGUCAUGAAAAGAGUUGGGAUAACUGAUAUUUCAUAAAAGCACCUGAUGUAUGGCAAUGUCCCCCGUGUGCGCCCCGCUCCCUGGAGCAUGAAUGUGCCAGUAAGCCCUGUAGACCUCCCCAAUCUACACCGAAGUUACACCCCAGCAGCAUGGCCCGUCACCUCAUCACAUCUGUCUCGGCACGUGUCCCCACCCGGAUCCACUGCUCACUGCUCCAGGGCAAGGACAGUCGCGAUGCACCUCGAGAAGUGACAAACACUGCAAGUUAGGACUCUCUCGUGAACCCUUCCUUCUCAGCCUGGGUCGCUGAGCAUUUCGGAGUCUCUCAGGACCAUCCCUGAGGUCCCUAGGAGGGAAAAAGAUAAAUGGCUCAUUAACAACUGGAACUUGGCAUAUGAGCACUGACUGAAUAGAUUUAAAGGCAAAGACAAAAUUGAGGCUUAUAUAAAGGGCAUUGUGGGAAAGGCUAUCAUCGAAAAUGACCCUUCGUGUCUGUACCAGAUGGACAGAAUACUUAGGGGAUAGCUGAGAUUUAGAAGCCUGUGUUUUUCCUUACCAGGUAUAAAGAAGUUUUUAUAUAUAUAUAAAGAUGGAAAGUCCUAUGAUUAUCAUGAAUGUUGUUGAGUUCAAAAUAUUCCCAUCUAAAUAAUUUUUCAGAUAUGGCCUCUGGGAGAUAUGUUGGGUUGCGAGUGAACCGUGUACACAGCAUUUCAGACGUUCCUCGUACAUUGUGUGUGAGGUUGUGAAUGAAUUACACACACAGAAUUUCAGGUGUUCUUUGUACGUUGUGCAUACAUUUUCUGUUGUACACACUUUCUCAAAACCCACACUCGCUACACAGAAUUUGGCACAUGGUUUAUUCAUUGUGGUCAAGGUAGAUUUUUAAUCGGAUGCCUAAACUCAUCACUUUCUUUUAAGAAAAAUGAAUAAAAUCCCUCCUGCAUUAA